AUGGAGCCAGCAAAAAGGCUUCCGUCAUCUCAUUUGUAUACAUCCAUUGAAGUAGUCCUAGAAGUAAAAGAACAAUUUGAAGAAUUACACAAGGCCUUCCACAAGGAGCACAACUAUCUUGAGUUAAAAUGGCCGACAACACUACGUCAUCGAUUAAAUGAGUCAACAAGGACAACCACAAAGGCCGAAGAAAUAUCACCCAUAAGGGGACAAUCAAGGGAAGUGGCCUGUCUUCAUAACGUUCCAGUUCUGCCAUUCUCAGGUGUUUUCUGUAUAAGGCAAAGAAUUGCUGGAGGCGAAAAUGCAGAUAUAGAAAAUUUUCCACAUUUAGUAUCAUUAAGAUAUAGUAGAAAUAAUAAGCAUUUCUGUGGUGGUACAAUUAUAAGUCAGCAUCAUAUUCUCACAGUAGCUCAUUGCAUGGAAAUGGCAUCUCAUAAUAAUAUUUUAAUCUAUUCUGGAAGUAGCAGCUCUAUUAAUGAAAUGAUUCAAUUCAAUGCACUACAACAAAAAAUAAAUCUUCCAACGGUAGAUGUUGUAAAUGGUGCUAUUGCUAUGGUUGCUGGUUGGGGAGUUAUGUUUCAUAAAUCGAAUAUAAUGUCUGAUCAACUGCAAAAGGCUUGGAUGGUAGUUCUCGACUCAACAACAUGUCAAGAAGCUAUUCCAUUUGUUCAUAAAGAACAAAUAUGUGCAUACCAGAAUGUAGGAGUAGGUGCAUGUACAGGAGACAGCGGUAGCCCAUUAGUUUCUAAUAACGUAGCUAUUGGUCUUGCUUCAUACGCUAUUGAAUGCGCUAAAGGAUUACCCGAUGGCGAUAGUGGCGGUCCAGUAGUUGCCAAUGAAAAACUUAUUGGCAUUCAGUCGUGGGUUAUUCCAUGCGCCCAGGGUUACCCUGAUGUAUUCACAAAUGUUUAUUCCUAUCUAGAUUUCAUUAAUUCGAACAUUCAAAAUUUUUUACUCUAA